AUUCCGCGACAACUACAACCAAAACAUAAAAACUCUUCACAUUCACUGCAGCUUUUUACAGACGUUUCAAAAAACGAUGCUGCAGCCAGACUUGGUACGACUUCUGACAGAGGGACAUGUUUUAGUAAAGAGCUGCGAUGAAGACUGUCUGACAGGAAACACUCAGGAGCCGAGGCAGAGUGAGGGAGAAGAGGGUGAGGAGGGAAACCCGUUCAACUUCACCCCUCAGCUGAUACACCUGAACAAGGACCACCAGCUGUUCGAGGAUGGGGACAUUCACAGACACAUGUACCUGCAAGACCUCUACAUCUCAGAGGCUGAGGACAAGCCAACACUCAGUGUUUCAGAGUUUGCCUGUCACAUAUCCGGCUGCAGUGCAAUCUUCAGCACUUUGGAGGAGUAUGAGCACCACUACAACUCCCUUCACAGACACGUGUGCUGCUCCUGCCGCCGCUCCCUGCCAAGUGCCCGGCUCCUAGACAUUCACAUUCAGGAGUGGCACGACUCUCUCUUCACUAUCCUUUCUCAGAGGCAAGAUAUGUACCAGUGUUUGGUGGAGGGCUGUGGACAGAAGUUUAGCACUAGUAAACACAGGAAGGGCCACCUAAUCAAAAUUCACAAGUAUCCUCCAGACUUCAGAUUUGACAAAACCAAAAAGGACAAAGGAAACCGGCAGACGAAGAAACAGCCGCAGAAAGACACAACCAUGGAUGUCGUGGACGAUGUGUGUGAGUCUGAGGGUGUGUGUGAGGUUAUGUGUGAUGGUCUGUCCCACCAACCCGAGCAGGAAGAAUCCAUGGAGACGCAUGGGUCCGAGGAAGAAGCUGCUCGCAUGGCAAAGUCGGCCUCUACUGAGGAGCAUGCUGAUCUUAAUGCUGCAGCUCCCAGCACAGAGAGUUCAAGCAGCGACCCACUGGAACCACGAUACUCCUACAGGGUCCCCACAAAUGUGUGUUUUGGUCGCGGCUCCGUCCGGGGCUUCAGAGGGCGGCGGGGAAGGAGGAAAUAAACCAACAGAAUUCUGCUUUCUGUUCUAUGAAUAUAAAUAACUUUAUACACUUGUCAUGUAACACAAUAUAUUUACUGUCAUAUGGGAUGCUGACUUCAAAUAAAAAUGUUUUUUACAACAAA